AUGCCGAGCGGGCAGCUGCACUGCCGAGGCUUGCUAGUUCAGAUUGCGCCAUCUAUCAUGAUGAGCACGGUGGUGCCUGUCUGGGGGUAUUCGAUUACAAGUUCGGUGGUGUGCAAGAUCAGAGCUGUCAGCGGCCGUCGAGAGUGCAUGCUGACGUUGACAGCAUACAGAGAUGCGUUUUGGAUGGUUCCUGCUCAGACCAUCUUCAAGCCCAUGAAGUGGAGCCUCAGGACAUGUUCAAGUAUGAGCCAUACUUGCGCGAGAAACCGCAUGGCUGUUUACCGAGACCUGGCCCUGAGGGCCUUGGCUUUUUCGUUCGUGCAGUCCUAUGGCCCGCGCCUAUGA